GGAGCAGCAGCCUGAGAUGCAGGAGAACCGCAGUGGUUGUUUCUAGUGUUCAAAUCGUGCCGAGAGGUUAUUCGUCAGGUUAGCAGGCAUGAGAGGUUUAGAUGCUCUGUGCGAGCAUGUUUGGGAAAGGUUCUGCAGGUUCUGCGUGUUCUGUCGAGGGAUAUUCGGGACAGAUUCUGCGUGUUCUGUCGAGGGAUGCUCAGGACAGAUUCUGCGUGUUCUGUGUGAGGAUGUUUGAGCAAGGUUCUGCGUGUUCUGUUGAGGGAUUUUCAUGAAAGGUUCUGGAUAUUUGAGGAGAUGUUAGGACACGGUUCUGUAGUUCUGUGCGAAGAUGUUAAGAAGUCGCUAGCUAGGAAACAAGAAACCUGCCAGAAACCCGCCAGGAACAAGAAAGUCGCGAGCCAAAGACAAAGCCGGCCAAGGAACAAGAACGCCGCUAGAAACCCGCAGAAACCCAGCCAGGGAUAUUGCAAACACCACCCCGAUUGGGGUGUCCCGAUUGGGGAGGCGCGACCGAGCUGUCCCGGGCGGGGUAACGUCGCGCACCUGCUUGCGGCGCUGCGGCGAGAACAUGGUUGCGGCGCUGCUGAUUGGGUGCCAGGACAUUGGCACAGAUGGGUGCAGAGAACAUUGGCACAGAUGGGUGCAGAGGAUAUCGGCACAGAUAGGUGUAGCCAGGACAUGCGGCAGACAUGGUUGCGGCCAGGACAUCGGCAGACAUGGUUGCGGCUAGGACUGCGGCCAGGACAUGUUCGCCGUGUCGUAAUAAGGCGGCAACACGGGUACCACGGUAGACGCAUGAAUUUGACAUGGCAUCGCCAUACACCAAGGUCAGACUGCGGAUGUGGAAAUGCUACGUCAGACCGCGGAUCAUCUGGUGUUGGAAUUUGUCAAGCAGAAGGGCCUCGAAGGUUCUAGAUAGAGACUUCGCCACCCACUUCGCCACCACAAUAGUGGUAUA